GUCCUUGCCUCGACCCCUCACGCUUCCAUUCUGAGAAAAAUACUCCCGUUCGAAAGGAAGCAUUCCGAGUUCAAACUCUCUCAAAGAGUCCACUGCACACUUGAAAAUGCAGAAGCUCCUCUCUCUCAAGUUUGUUUCAGACCUUCCCACCAACGUCUCCAGAAACCAUUCUUUUUUCAACUCUGGAUCCUUCAAAACCUUCCAUUCUCUCGCCCAGAAAACCCCACGCCACCCAACCCACUUCUUCUCUCACUUCGCUCCUGCCCCUUCAUGGCGUUCGCAGAAAACGACUUCAGAGACAAUUUCGGGGUUCCUUUCAAACCAUACACUUCCAAAACAAUUAUUACUGAACACCCUUUUGAAGAUUCCCAGCAGAAGAUGUCUUACACACUGCAGUGUUGCCUUUCUCAGAGCUCAAUUCCCCAGACGAAACGUUGGGUUUAACCCGUCGUUUGAUUCUCUCCGCAAUGUCCGGAGAUCAUGGUUACCAAGGGCGACAACUGAUGGUGUGGUUUUUGGCUUGAUACUAGCUAAUGUUGCUGUUUUUAUGUUAUGGCGGGUUGCAGAUCAUAACUUCAUGGUUAAGAACUUUACAAUUUCAUUAGACAACUUUAUGAGUGGACGUGUGCAUACGUUGAUAACUUCUGCAUUCAGUCAUAUUCAACUUGAGCAUAUUAUCUCUAAUAUGAUUGGGUUGUACUUCUUCGGGAUGAGUAUUGGAAGAAAUUUUGGGCCUGAUUUUUUGCUGAAGCUGUAUCUUGCUGGGGCCAUUGGUGGCUCUGUAUUCUAUUUGGCGUACCAUGCAUACAUGACAGCAUCAUCCAAGGGUAAUCAUAUGGCAUUCAUGGCUUCAAGGACCACAGGACUGGGUGCAAGCGGGGCUGUGAAUGCUGUCAUGUUACUCAAUAUAUUCCUCUUCCCAAAAUCUACCCUCUAUUUGGAAUUUAUUAUACCAGUUCCUGCCUUCCUACUGGGAGUCUUUUUAAUUGGAAAAGACAUGUUGAGGAUAAUGGAGGGAGAUAGUCAUAUAUCAGGAUCAGCUCACCUAGGUGGUGCUGCCGUUGCAGCCAUAGCAUGGGCACAGAUUAGGAGGGGACGUUUCUAAGCCCAACAAAGGAUCUAUAUAAUGUUCAUUCCAGCAUCCAAUUAUUGUUAGAUAGUGUCUUCCUUGUCUUUCUUUCUUUCUUGGAUCGAACCUCAAUUCAAACUGGCAAGACUCGAGAGGUUCUCCCAAUGGCUUAAUUGUUGGGUAAAAUACUAAAAUCCCUAUUCUCAUUAUAUUGUAGGAUGUGCUGGUGAUGUAGAUUUCCAGAUAUCUGUUUGCUUCUUACUGGCAUGGUGCUUUUGCUUCUAUUCUAAACCUUCUUUUUCUUUUCCUACUUCCUUCUCCGUUCUUUUUUUUUUUUUUUUCUCAAAAUUAGGAGCAACCAACUAUUGAUGUAUGACUAUAGAGUCAACAACAUGAUAGAUUGAUUUGUGUCAGUUUGAUCAUGGAAUCAAACAACUCAGUCUGAUCAUGUUAUGCUCCAAAUAUAUGUUCCCUUCUGGUGCUUUCUAAGCAAAACAAACUGCAGUGAAGUCAUGAAAUUGUCAGCAGCUAAAAUACUUCCAUAGCCAAUGGAGUUUUCUGCAUUGCUUUUUAUCUUCUGCAAAGCAUGUUGUAAUAUUAAGUCAUGUGGAUGGUGGACGUCAUGGCAAUCUCACCCAUACUACAGAUCCAUGGCAUCAAAGAGCCAAGUACAGCAUCUGGACAUUGGAAGAGAAGUGUGUUGAGUUUGGUACGGAAGAAUGAAAUAAAAUCAGACAAUGGAAUUGAAUCUAUUAAUUGGUAUUGUAUAUAUAUUUUAUUUAAUUUUUAAUUUGUAUCUUUUUCAUCCCCUUGGACCAGCUGAGAUGUAAGAGAACUUCAUAGAAAGCAAUUCCUUUAAUCUUUCAUAAAAA